AUGCCACAAGAACCUAUAGAUAAAGACUGGCGAAACUUUGGAAGAGUAAUGAAACUGGCCUUGCCUGAACAUGCCAAACUCUCAAAAGAAUCCAAAGAAUGUAUCCAAGAAUGUGUAUCGGAAUUCAUAUCAUUCGUGACCAGUCAAGCGGCUGAUAAAUGUAAAUUAGAAAAACGAAAAACAUUAAAUGGUGAAGAUAUUUUAUGGGCCAUGUAUACUUUAGGAUUUGAGAAUUAUUCUGAAUUACUCAAGAUAUAUCUAGCCAAAUAUCGACAACAUGAAUUGGAAGAAUCAAUAAGAAAACCACCAAAGAAAAAACCAAGCAAGAAACCACGAAAGGAAAGAUAUCUGGAAACAGAACCCGACGAAGAAGAAGACGAAGAUAAUGAAUCAUUAUUAGUACCUGCUCAAAACCCCCAACAACCACAAUAUUAUACCACUCAAGAUGAAGAAAUGUAUACCGAUGAAAACUAUACCAGUGAAGGAAUAUCCCCAACAUUGCCGUAUCCUCCUCCAACUCAACCCAUCCCAACAGGAGUAUACCAUCCAGAAGUCCCAACUCGAUCUUAUGCAGAAUAUGAAUCCCAAUUCCCUAAUCCAGAAACUGCAUAUAUCGAUCAAGACAAUAUAGCCAACCUUAGAUCCAAAAUUGAAGCUCCAGGAACCGACUAUGUGGAUUAUUUGAACCCGAAUCUAUCUUCGGUCAGUCAAUCUUCCGUCAUACAACAACUGUCGACGAUCUUGCCUAGAUUGAGCAAUAGUAUUGAAUAUUUAUUAGCUGGUCCUUCUGAUCUGUUGCAGGAACAACAAAGACAGAUUCAGCAGGAUGUGCUUGGGAAUGGUGGAGGAGGGAGUACUGGGAGCUCGGAAUCGAAUCUUAUGGAUCAAUAUGUGAAUCGGUUGUGA